AUGCCCGACUCAAUAAGUAAUAUAUCUACGGCAGUUUUCUUCGAUCCAGUUGCACGUCGCAUUCCUAAGAUGUACCUGGAUACCAAGCACCUGAACGGUCAAAUCUAUAUACAUCUACGUUCAAUAAUCGAAAGUGACGGAGGUCGCACCACACCAUUCAAAGAAGCGGCAUCGAUUUGGAUAGUCAAUCCCGACGCUCCCGACGCACUAGGAAGCCCCCCACACGGCGUCACGGUGCUCUAUGCUCCUUGGCUCAUUGCAUGUUCCAAAAAAGGACGCUUCUUGGGACCAGAGCAGGGAGAUUGGUGUGGUUUUCGUGUUCCAUCGAAGGGGUCUUUGCCUCCUUCACUUGCUUAUCCGGAGCAUGAGCCAACUCCAGCACCCAAGUCAUUUCCUGUGCGCAAUCCUGUUCCCUCCCCUUUGGAAAAAACCACAAACCAUAGUCAAAACACAGAACUUGAUGUAAGUAGAUGGCUUCCGAUGCAUAUCAGUGAAGCCUUCAAGUACCCUGGUAUUGCUCCGACUACUCGGGUUUGGCAAAUGGACCUUACUGGCUGCCCAAACCCGCCUCCUGUUCAUACACUUGACCCUCUCAAUGCCGCAGGAAAACGAACUUACAAUGAUACGGAGCUAACAUGGAUGGUCGAUGCUAUUCAGUGGUGUCUUAAUGAGUAUCCUGAUAUGUCUAUUUAUACUGUUUGCGAGAUACUUGGGAGAAAGGGUACACACAGAACGACUGAUGGCUAUAGCUCUCGCAUACGACGCUAUUUACAAUGGUUCGCAAGAAAAUCGCCACUUUUAACUAAGAGGCUACGCGAUUACGAUGCCAUACACAUAUCUGCACCAAUGGAGCUCUCGGACACCGAAACCCCUCCAGUGCAAGACCCACGAGGCCAGCAUUUGAUAGGCAAAGGGUUCAAUACCGAGCCAAAGAACACGGCAUUUACAGCUGCAGAUCGGGCUGCUUUUAUUCGAUUUGCGGCAGCGCGGCCGAGUGGCAUGGAGCCUACUGGUAUGGAACGAUCCUUGGACGUCUGGGCUCAGUUGGCUGAACUGUACCCUCACCAUUCGACCUCCAGUUGGAGGACGUGGCACCAACACUGGCAGCACGACCUGAAGCGGGCAAUCGAGGAGUAUCGUCAAGCAAACCCGAGAUAUUAA